AGUGUGUGAGAGAGAGAGAGAGAGAGAGAGUGUGUGAGAGAGAGAGAGAGUGCUGAAAGUGCUGAAUCCUCGUGCUGAAAGGUUCUAACAUCAUUGGGCUGAAAGUGAUGAUCACGUGAUCACCGGGUCUCCAGAUUGUCGUGGAAAAAAAGGUGCAAGAUCAUCAUCAGCAUCAUCAUCAUCAUCACCCCGAGCUGCGCGCGCGGAGAGAGACAGAGAGAGGGAGAGAGGCAGAGAGAGGGAAAGAAACAGAGACAGAGAGAGAGAGAGAGAGAGAGAGAGAGAUAACGGGAGAGAGAACGGGAGAGCGGGAGCACGCGCUGGGACGAGAGGCAUCACGCGCUCGCAGGACGCACGCACGAGCCCGAGGAUCUCCGCCAGCAGGUGAACACGAGACUCUGUGAUCGUUACUGAUCCCUGUGACUAGAGCAGAGCCAUGAAUUUCGUUAUGAAGGCAGCGUUGGGAGGCGGGCCUCCUGAUGUGGGGAAGAUGCUGGGAGGAGAGGAAGAUAAAGACCCCGAGGCAGAGAGAGAGAAAGAGGAGGAGAGACAGGAGGCUCUGAGGCAGCAGGAGGAGGAGAGGAAGGCCAAGUACGCCAAGAUGGAGGCUGAGAGGGAGGUGAUCCGCCAGGGCAUCCGAGACAAGUACGGGCUGAAGAAGCGUGAGGAGCCCGAGGCCGAGGCUCAGGGUGCGAUGGACGCGGCGAGUGAAGGCAGUUUGACUCGCCCGAAGAAAGCCGUGCCGUCCGGCUGCGGAGACGACGACGAAGAGGAAGAGAGCAUCAUGGACACGGUGAUGAAAUAUCUACCAGGACCACUGCAGGACAUGCUGAAGAAAUAACACACACACACACACACACACUCGUAAAAGCACCACAGCGCACAAACUCAGCUUUAGGUAAUUAAGAUUAAGAUUGUAACACGCGCUUCCGCUUUCCAACAGCAGGGGGCGCAGUUCAGGCUAAACCGCAGUAUCACCGUCCUCUUCUCACGCAGGUUCGAUGUGUAAAUAGAUUUCGGCUGUGUCCCAAACGCUAGUGUUUAACCUACUUUACUUCACCAAGAACAGAAAACGUUCACUAGCUAGCUAAUAGACCGCUAGAUAUUAGCGUCAAAGAUAAAAUCUAGCGUUUGGGACGGAGAAAGUUUCACAAUAUAAGCCAUAUUUUAUCUAUAAAGCAGAACACUGAGUCAUUAAAGACAGAAAAGUAACUUACAGAAGUGUGCAUGAAGUGUAGCCUACUUUUACUCUUUUCUACUUUAAACCGUGGACGUGUCCCAAAUCGAGAUAUAGUUACUUCAUCUAUGCAUGUGUCUGUAAUAAUGUAGGUUUGUGUGUGCUUUAAAAACAAGCUCCUAUUUUUGGUGCGAUGGUCAAAAUAAUAUAAAGAAGGCAAUAACUUAUUAUUAUUAUUAUUAUUAUUAUUAUUAUUAUUAUUAUUAUGCAUUGUUGAACACAAACAUACCAAAAAAAAACUUUUUCCUUUUUUCUCACCAUAAUAGCACAGACUUCAGGUAAUAAGAAGCUAAAUAUCAAUAAUGUGUGUAAAACUUUACGAAACUGGACAAAUUUCUUUGCACUUUGUUUUUUCCGGAAUCUUCUCAGCAAUAAUCACGCCUUCUGUUUGCUUGGCUUUGUGAAAUCGGUGAAUAAAAGAACCCGAGUGAAUACAUGAUGGUUUAACGAUGGUGUGAAAUGUGUCUGAAUAAAAGAAUGCAAUAUAAUAAUCAGUAAA